AUGGAAACAGAAAUUGAAACAUAAUAAAAAGUUUAAGAUUGCCACUAAAUUGUAGGUUAUGAAUAUAAUAAAGUAUUUGAAUUUUCAGAUGAUAAAAUUAAAUAUGAUAACAAAAAUUUUAAUGAAUUUUAUAAUUAUGAAGAGGCAUUUGAAGAUGAAUAAUAAAUAGAUAAAGAUAAUAGAAAUAUGUUUGCAGAUUAAAGUGUAUAAAAAUUAAGCCCUGAAGAAAUUGAAUAAAUGAAAAAAGACGAAAGCAUUUCAAAAAAAAAAGAAAAGUAUUGCUUUUAUUUUACAGUUUUAAAAACCACACCAUUAAAUGUAAUAGAAACACUAUUUAAAGAAAAUCCAAAAUUAGUCAAUCUUUUGAUUGUUGGAGAUUUCGAUGUUUUAGAAAUUAUUACAAAAAUGAAUGAUUUAUUAAUUCCUAAUGCAACAGUUAUUGCUUAUUCAAAUUAUUUAGAAAAUUUGAUUUAACCUUCUGAAUAUAUGCUUAAAUUAAAAAAUUAUAUAAAUGUUAGAGUUUUUGAUAUUUUUAUGAGAUAAUAUUAAGUUCUAAAAAACAGAACACAUCCUUUUAUUAAUAUGAGUGGAUUUAGUGGUUAUAUUUUAAGUGCUUAUAAAGUUUUUUGA